AUGGCUAGCAAGUCGAAGCUCGAGCUUACACCAUCCAGCGAGCUUUCUAGCAGAUACACGCUCAAGGAAUUUCUGGGCGAGGGCCAGUAUGGCACAGUGUGGCGUUGUGAGAAGCGCGCGACGGGCGAGCAUUUCGCUCUCAAGUACAUCGACCUCACGAAGUGCAGCAGCAGGGCCCGCCGCGCAGCCCUCGGCGAGGUCGAAAUCCUGCAAAAGAUACGCGAUUCUGGCUUCUCCGAUAGUGUCGUAUCGCUCAGCGACGUGUACGGGGACAAAGACUCACUUUAUCUUGUAAUGGAGCUGUGCACUGGCGGGGAUCUUCUCGAGCUCAUCCAGAAGCGGCCCGGCGCGUUUCUUAGCGAGGCGGAAUCGCACCACGUGUUCAUGUCUCUCGCGGAUUUCGGACUCGCUGUGGACGUGCCGUGGUGGCAGCAGAUUCGCGGGUAUGCCGGCAGCAAGCCGUAUGAGGCGCCGGAGGUUAUGGCGGGGAUUGCGUACGACGAGUCGGCGGAUAUCUGGAGCCUCGGUGUGACUCUCUACGCGAUGCUUUCAGGAAAGUGGCCGCUGUUUAGAGGCGGGAAGCGGGUCCUGGACGAUAAGGUGGAUUUCGCAUCGGACGACUGGAAGGAUCUCAUCCGUCGGAUGCUGCGCGUGGAUGUGAACGAACGGUUCACAAUUGACGAGGUUCUGGCGCAUCCAUGGGUUCGUCCAGCAGUAGUAGCAGCAGCGGCUCAGGAAGAGAUGGAGACCGUUGAUCUGUCGGAGAAACUAACGGCUGUUGUUGUUUCGCGAACCGACGCUAACAUCACCUCUGGAAUUGCCGAAGCCGAUUCUGAAAGCACAGCUACCAGCGCCGCGAUAUUCGCGUCCGAAGCCAAGUCCACCGUAAGCACUGCCUUCAAGUCACACGCCACCACCCAUGUCCCCGAUACAAAACGAUCCGACACGACGGGAAGCAUGUCUUUGGCGAGCGCAACCAACAGCACCGACAGUGAUUGCGGGAGCAACGCAGGGAAGCCGCGCUGGGGUGGAAAGCUGUCUCCCCGCACCGUUCUGCACCGCGUCAUGAAAGCCUUCUCGCCUCUCACGCGCCAAAAGGAGGCGUCGUGCAUCCCCAUCGAAGUUCUCUGA